CGCUAAUCUCCGGUUCCGAAUAACGGCACGCAAGCGCUUGAGCCCGUGAUUCCAUGAUCCCGACCUACGUGUGCAGCAUCGAAUAGCGCCCAUCAUCCGGGUUCCUAUAUGCGACGGAGGUGCCUCGCUUCGAUUCCUCUCGCCUCUCUCAGCCAAUUUCCGUCAUGUCCGAGCUGCUGGUCCACAGCCCUGGUCAUGAAAUGCGUGGCACGCAGGUCGACUGUGCCGACUUGAGCCCGAGACAACCGCAUCUGCUAGACGACCCGGCCAAGUUCAAAAAAAAGAAGAAGCCCAAAAACCAUGCGCCCUCCCCGCUAUCGUGGAUUGUCCGGGUUGCCAGCAAUCUGGUCCUGCAGUUGCGAGACGGUCUGUCCGCGUCGGAACGUGAAAACCGGAGGCGGGAGGAGGAGCAGAGGCAGAUUCUAGCCGCCCGGAUGCAAAAUGCCACUACGCUGAAAGAGUGGGAAGCAGCAGCCACUCAGCUCGAUCGCCUCGAGGGGAACGAUGAGUGGAAACUCGACGAUUCCAGCGGCGAGUACGAAUAUCACGCCGAUCUUAUCCGGGCCAAGCUGAGAGACCUGGACACGGCCCGAAACAAUUUCGACAUCAGCACCAUGAUGUACCUGAUCAGGACCGGCUUAUCUCGCGACGUCGGCGACAUGGGCAACAUGGGCCUCUACCGCCACUCGUACGUCGGAACAAAGGCUCUGAUCGAACGCUACGUCGACUCGGCCAUCAAGACCAUCGAGUCCGUGGUCGAGAAGAGCAUCUACCAGACCGAAAUAAGUCCCCGAGACCUGCUGGAGGGUAUGGUGUACGCCAGACAGAGCUUUGGUAGGAGCGCCUUGCUCCUGAGCGGGGGUGCCACCUUCGGCAUGGCGCACAUCGGCGUGAUCAAGACGCUUUACGAACAGAACCUGCUUCCGCGCAUCAUCUCGGGCGCUUCCGCCGGGUCCAUCGUCUGCUCCGUUGCGUGCACCCGGAAGGACGACGAAUUUCCCGGCUUGAUCAAGGCGUUCCCCUUCGGCGACUUGGGCGUGUUCGAGGGCGAGAACGAAAACCUCUCGAGCCAUCUGCGCCACCUCCUGACGGAGGGAAGCUGGUCCGACAUCUCCAACCUGACGAGGGUGAUGCGUGACUGGCUCGGUGACGUCACCUUCCUGGAGGCUUACAACCGGACGCGCCGGAUAUGCAACAUUUGCGUCUCGUCUUCUUCCAUCUACGACGUCCCGCGUCUACUCAACUACAUCACCGCGCCUAACGUGUUGAUUUGGUCUGCCGUUGCCGCUUCCUGCUCCGUCCCCUUCGUUUUUCAGGGCCACCCUCUGCUCAUGAAACACCCGGUGACCGGGGCCCACGAGCCGUGGAUUCCCACGCCGCAGCAGUUCAUCGACGGAUCCGUGGACAACGACCUUCCCAUGACGCGCCUCGCCGAGAUGUUCAACGUCAAUCACUUCAUCGUCUCGCAGGUUAACCCCCACGUCGUUCCUUUCCUCGCCAAGGACGAUCAGCCAGCCCCCGGGAAGCUCCGUCAGAACCGAUCCGAGAGCACCAGCGAGAAGCUGCUUUAUGCGCUGGCGUCAAUGGCCAAGGAGGAGGCGCUCCACAGGUUGCACUUCACAGCCGAGCUGGGCGUCUUUCCGAACCUGCUCACCAAGCUUCUCUCGGUCCUGAGCCAGAACUACUCUGGUGACAUCACCAUCCUCCCCGAGAUCUCCACGUCGGACCUCCGGCUCGUGCUGAAGAACCCGACGCCCGAGUUCAUGCUGCGCAGCUGCUUGAUAGGCGAGAGGGCGACGUGGCCGAAGCUGAGCCGCAUCCGCAACCGGCUCUCGAUCGAACUCGCGCUGGACCAGGCAGUACACGCCCUGCGAGCCCGCGUCGUUUUCAGCCGGAGCCAGGUCGAACUCCGCCGAGCGAUGGGUGUGUGGAAGCCGGUCGCUUUCAAAAUGAUUGGCGGCAGGGUGCCCAGCGCCGACUCGAGCGAAUUGAACCCGUAUGGAGGGUUCCGUGUCGUCCAGCCGCCUGGUUCUGGAGAGGUCACGCCGACAGAAGACCGGCCGUUUGACCGGCGUAGGGGCUCCGGCGCUAGCAUACAGCUCGUGGUGGCCAGGCAUAGGACCCCGUUCCAGGGCAACGAAGAUGAGCAGUCGGACGACGACGAGCGAUUGGAGUUGAAGGUGCGGCCACGGAACACGGCCAACCGGCUAGCCGGCAGUGCAUUGGAGCCCCGCCUGAGAAGGAACGCCAAGAGCCAGAGCCAUAUGCGGGACGGAAAAUCGGUCGACUUCCACGCUCGAGACGAAACCAGCUCGACCCAAGGCCAGUCUACGAAGUUGCCUUCACAAACCAAAAGAGUUUCUCAAGCAGACAAUGUCGUUGCCACCAGAGAACGAGCCGAGAUUGCGGCUUCCCCUGCGCGAGGAUUUGGGAUCAUGCUCACCCCAGAUGCGGAGGGAGGGACGCAAUCUUCAGACGGCGGCUUGCAGAGCGAUUCUGAUCCUUAUGCAGAGGGCGGCAGGCACUCGACUGGUUCGCCGACGAAGGAGCAGCCUUCCAAGCUGCGCUAUUCAGAGUCAUGAAAUGCUUACUUGUGCUUUCUGGGAAGAGGGUAUCGUCGUAUUUCUUGGGACGAUGGCUUGGAAAGACGGGGGUGAUACGGGGCGGCGUUGGGGAGACAGCGAGUCGCAUUGGCAUAGAGCGGCACCUACAAAAGGGGGCGAGAGCAAUACAGUCUUGCACAGCGCGGCGGAACGGUUGGGACAGGUCGGCGUAUGGGGUAGGAGGAUUACCUCGCAUGAUUUUCUGCUAUUGUUCAACCCAGUAUGACAGAACAUAGCGAUGGAGGAGCGAGGCGGCGAGUUCCUUUCAACAUCCGAUUGGCACCAGUCGUCAAGUAUAAUAUACCACCAGCGUUAACUCGAUAGUCUUAGUAAACUAUUUGGCCACCGCAUGCUUGAGCGAAUAGAGAUACGCCCUUCGACUGCUUGCC